AUGUUUGCUCCGAGAUCUUCAAGACCCCUUACUGUUGCUUCUUACCCUCAGAAUAAUCGUGGCCUGAGACGUAAAAAGAAAGGCGAAAAUGCCACUCCUGCUAUUGAACUGGAACGAAUUCUUGGAUUAACCACUUCAAAAUCAACCGUAAUGGCAACUGCACCUUCACUAGAUCUCGUAGCAUAUGCAGCUGGUUCAGUAGUGGUAUUAUAUAAUCACAAGAAAAAUAAGCAAAUCGCUUUUCUAUACGCGUCAUCAACCGCCUCUCCAUCACUUGCUUUUUCUCAAGCAAAUACUGCUUCAUCUUGGUCAAAUGCCUUUCCGAAUCGUCAUACAAUCGUUGGAGAUGGUGCUUUAAAUCCAUUAGGCGCUUUGGGUUUAUUAGAACCUCCUACCAAUGCUAAUAAUGCUAAUAAAUCCCCUGUUAGCAAUAAAGCAAAGCCAAUAUCUUGCGUGGCAUUCUCUCCUGAUGGUAAUUAUUUGGCUGUUGGUGAGACUGGACAUCAACCGCGUAUCUUAAUAUGGGAAGUUCAAUCAAAAACUCUAGUUAAUGAAUUAAAAGGCCACAAAUUUGGAGUGCUGGCGCUUCGUUUUUCUCCAAAUAUGAAAUAUAUAAUUUCAUUAGGGUUUCAACAUGAUGGAUAUUUAAAUGUAUGGAAUUGGAAAACGGCCGUGAAAGUCGCGUGCAAUAAAAUCACUACCAAAGUUCACACUCUAGCAUACAGUCGUAAUGGAUCGUUUUUCGUUACGGCUGGUCUAAGGCACGUGAAAUUUUGGUAUUUCGACCCAAAUGGAAAUUUACCAAAGAAACCAGCUGGCCAAUCCAUACAAAAAUCACUUGUUCAAGUGCUGGACGGACGCUCUGGUAUAUUGGGAGAUUUGAGAGAUAAUAAUUUUGUUGACGCGGCUUGUUGUCAAAAAUCGGAUCACACAUAUUUUGUCACUUCUAAUGGAUUGUUAUGCAUGUUCACGGAGGGUAGGUUAAUGGAUAAAUGGGUUAAUUUGCAGGUCAAAGGCGCCUUAUCGAUUGACGUUUGCGAACAAUAUAUCGUUUGUGCGUGUACGAAUGGAAUUGUAAGGUUGUUUGAACCAAUAACAUUAAAAUACAUUGGCACUUUACCGAAACCACAUCCACUGGGAGUUGAUUUAACCUUACAAACUGGAACCACCUAUUGCGUUGGUGGUCCGAAUGAUAUAUAUCCGGAUACAGUUGCAGUCAAGUUGGAUGCCGAAACCGGAAAACUCUCGUGUAUAUAUAGUGAUCGUAGUUUUUUCAUUUGGGAUAUUAAAGACGUAAAGAAAGUGGGAAAAUAUCGAAGUUUCCUAUGCCAUUGUGAUACCAUAUGGGGUGUAGAGAUGGUUCCUGAUCGCGAUUCUACGGCUACGGCAACAUCAUUACCCGAAAAUACGUUUGUAACGUAUUCUUCUGAUAAUACAAUUAGAUUUUGGAAUUUAGAUCAUAAUAAUUCCGUUUCCAACGGUGGAAAUGAAUCCGGGGCAAAUAAUAUUAAAAAAAAUAUUUAUAGUAAAGAAUGUCUAAAGAUUAUUUAUGUCGAUCCCGAUGGAAACUAUAAAUCUAGUGCUGUUAUUGCUCCCAACUGUAAUGAUACUGAAUCGUCGGAACAGAACGCCGGAAACGCUAAUAUGCCUGUUGAAGCUAGCAUUCGUACUUUAAAAAUUAGUCCAGAUGGAAAGUUGAUGGCAUCCGGAGAUCGUGGAGGAAAUUUAAGGGUGCAUGAUCUUGAUACUUUUAAAGAAAUGACUUAUCAAGAAGCACACGACGCAGAAAUUUUGGCUAUUGAAUUUACUGAUGGUCGUAUACAUGAUGCACCUUAUUUGAUCGCUACUGCGAGCCGAGACAGAAUAUUACACGUGUUUGAUAUUAAUAGUAAUUUCAAACUAAUACAAACGUUGGAUGAUCAUUCUUCAUCGAUUACCGCUAUAAAAUUUACUAAUGAUGGUGGAAGGUUGAUUAGUUGUGGUGCUGAUAAGAGUAUCAUAUUCAGGAGUCGACAAAACGCCGGUUCUUAUGUAUCCCAUCAUAAUAUAUCAGGAAGAGCUACAGUGUUUGAUAUGGAUAUUGAUAUAUCAAAUCGGUAUAUUGCGACUGUUUCUGGUGAACGUCGAUUAAAUGUGUUUAAUAUCGAAACAGGAAAGAACGUACGUUCCUAUAAAUCAGACACCCCUGAGGAAGUUAACGUUCAAGACCAAGGAAGUCUUCUUAGGAUUUCAUUGGAUCCCGGGGGUGUUCAUGCAGUUACCGCUGGUUCGGAUAAAAGUAUUAGGCUCUUUGACUUUUCUAAUGGUGCUAUAUUGGGUAAAGUAUUGGGACAUUCAGAAUUAAUUACAGGAGUUAAAUUUACACCGGAUUGUAAACGUAUAAUAUCAACAUCAGCGGAUGGAUGUAUCUUUGUAUGGAAAGUCUCUGACGAAUUGGUAGCUAAAAUGAGACAAAAAUGGUUAGAUAGAAGUGGAGUUUUAGGUCAAUCAAUGGAAAGAAAUUCGCCUACUCUAAAAGAUUAUCUUUCACAUACCUCAUCUAUUCAUCAAAGAACAAAUAUGCCAGCUCAGAGAUCUCAGUCACUUAUGAUGGAUCUUCAAGGAAAUGAAGAUCAAGAUAUAGAAUUUACGAUAAGAAAAGGUCCUUUAAAAGCAAAGAAAUCUCUUGGAUCUCUUACGCCAGCAGAUUAUCAUACUGAUGAAUCCUCAAUAAGACUAAAGAGGCCUGCAUCAUUUGCUAAUGACGGUACAUCACCACAUCCUAAACCUAUUCAAGUUACAACUCCAAGACCUGUAUCGGAAUUCUCUCCAACAUCUCCAAAAUCAUCGGAAAUUCCAUAUAGUCGUUUACCUCAACCUACUUCACCACCACCACGACCUAAUGUUUUUAUAGAUCAUGUAAUGUCCACACCACCAAAUAGUCCAUCAUCAUCAAGUUCUGUAAAAAGAGAGUCAUGGAAAAAGCUUGGACUUUGGGCUAAAAAGGCUUUUAAAGAAAAAGAGGAAGAUAAAGGAAAACCUAACAAUAAAGCGUCAUCGAAUCUUGUAUCAAAUGAUGAAUUUAGAACGAACCAUGUUCAACCCGAAAAGCUAAUUCUUAAAGUUAAAUCACAAAGUAAAUUACGUCAAAGUUCAACUAGAUCUGUUGAUUCAAAUGACAUGAAUCAUGAUGAAAUCAAUUCAUUUUCUGAUAAUACCUUGAUGGAUGAAUCAUUAACUUUAUCACCAACUUCAUCAUCUUUUGGAGAGCAUACGGGUGAAGAUUCAUCAAAUGACGAUAAUGAAGACACCGAAACAAUAUAUAUUGAGUCACAAGAUGAAGAAUAUGAUGAAACAGUUGAGGAUGAAGGUAAUUCUUCUAAUAGAAGACGUCGUAGAGGUAGUUUUGUUGGAAGUAUUAAAACUGUAGAAUUUAUAGAUGAUAGACCAAAGUCGCCUUCAGGAAGUGAUAAAGAUGUAGAAGUUGAUAUUAAUGGUGAAGAGGAGGAAGAACAGGAAGAACAGGAAGAGGUGGAAGAGGUGGAAAGCGGAGAAGAUAAUGCAAGGGAGUUGGAAAUGUACUUGCAAACUCCUGUAGAAAGUUCUUUUAACGAUAAUAUACAUAAUGGUCUAAUUUCAGGAGAAAAUGAUGACAUUUCAAGGAAACGUCAGAGCCUUACGAUGAAAUUUUAUUCUGAAAGCCAUCGAGAAAGCGUGAAUAAUGGUAACAAUAUUUUAGUAGAUGCAUUAGCUAAAAUCAUGGGAAGUCCUAAAGGAAGUGAUGUGAAUGAUGCUGAAGAAAGUGAAGAAGGUAUCUAUAAUAAAGAAGGAGUUGAAAAAGCUUUAGACAAUUUAAAAGGAAAAGCUGGUGAAUUGAUUAGUAAAGAGUAUGAGGCUAACGUUGAAGGUGAACCACAAUCGCCGUCAUUGAAAAAUACAGAUAAAAAUAAUGACAAAUCUUUAACAAUACCUUCGCUUGUGGUGACACUUCAGAAUGAAAAUGAAAGUACUAUUAUCCAAGGAGAAUUCAAAGGACUCGUUGAAAAAGGCAAUGGUCUUGGUAUUAUUGUUGAUGAUUAUAAAAUCAUUGAUAAUGAUGCUGAUACUGAUGAACCAAUUACUCGUCAUAGUACAACCAAUACUGUGGUGUCAGAAGUGAACGAAGAUUGCAUAAUGGAAGAUGUUUUAUCGAUAACAGUUUUACUGGAGAGAACACUCGCAGCUUACAAGAAAGCAUCAUCUCCUAAAACCAAGAAUGAAUCUAUCGCAAAAUUAAUCUCCGAAAGUUUAAUAGGUAUGAUGGAUGAUAUUCAUAAAAGUAUCGGUAUCAACGUGAAUGAGCAAAAAUUCCGAUCAAAGAACAAGUCCGAAAUCAAUGAACCAAUUUGCGGUAAUGCUGACCAUGAUGAUGUAGAAUCCAAUGUUUCAUAUACAACAGCAGUAACAACAAAUAGUAAUUUUGUUGGACAAUCUUCACCUCCAUUCAACAAUAAUAAUAACUCGAGCAAGAAUUCAUCAACUGUAUUAUCACCAUUAUUAGAAACACAAUCUUCUCCCCUAUCAUCAUCACCUCCACGUCCUUUAACAUCCGAGAAACAGCAAUUGUCUGAAAGUCACACACAUAAUCUUUUAGAAAAGUACUCCGAUAUGUUGGUUAAAAUGGUGGAAGAAAAGAUGUCAAAGGUUAAAGCAUCAUCACAAACUAAUGAGACUACUACUUUAGUCACUUCACCUAUACUCACAAAUGGAACAAAUGCUAAUAAUAACCUUAGUAAUGGUAUUGUUACUAAUGCCUCUAUUUCUAACAUUAGAUCAACUAAAAGUAGAAGUUCUAAUGGUGGAAUUCCUAUAGGCGUUGGCAG